AUGACGAAGGAAUUGAGUGCAAAAGAAAAGAAGAAGCUGGAAAAGGCGGCUCGUCGAGCAAAAGUUGUUGGAGACAAGGGUGUCGACGUCGAAGCGAAAAAGGCCGAGGCAAUGCGGAAGAAAGAAGAAGCGAUGAAAAAGAAGCAAGAAGAAGCGCCAGUGCGUCAGGCAUCACCUGUCCCCAAGGCGGCAUCACCCGUGCCUCAAGUUGCAGCGCUCCAAGCAGAAGGAGUCCCCGGCCGCACGCGUAAGAUCUCCGAGUCUCAGUCCAUUGACCCUCGUCGACUUUUGAAGACGACUAAGACGCAACAGUCGCAGGUUGAGCUUACUGAGCCACUGUUUACCUACAUGCGCAACACGGCAGGAAUCAAAGACACAAUUCAAACGAUGGGUUUUGGCAGAAAAGACAUGUUCUCCCGCGGCAUUACGAAAAAUCCAACACAGCUGCACAGAGCCAUCGUUCGCCUCGGUUUCAAGGCAGCUCAUCUGUCCAAAAUCGACGAACGGGAGAUGGCAGAGAAAUUGAAGCGCGCCCUGGAAUUAUUCAUCGACGACUUCGACGGGCGUAACUUUAACGACGAGUUGAAGCAACAUCAUCGCGUCUCUAUUCAGCAGAACUUCAUCUCCGAGUUGAAUCCUAACAUCAACUUCAUCUCCAAGUGCCACCCGAUGACGCGCAGCGAGGCUUGUCUAGUAGACAUCGUCAAGGAAGCCGCUCGUUCUCGACAGGCGCGCGACAAGAACUUGGCCGAGUUCAAAGAGUUUCUCCACGAAGAGUUGCAGCUCUUCUGGAAAAUGCGCGUUGAUGAGGCUGAGGCGACAAUCGCCAACGAGACUUUCAACUUGAUCACUGACAAUUCUACUGUAUUGACUUUCGGCGACGGGAUGAACAUGGUGCGCAUUUUCGAGAAGGCAAGCAGACUGGGGAGGAAGUUUGAGGUCAUUGUAGUCGACACAGAGCCGAGUUUCAGUGGGAAGAGAGUUCUUCAGUGUCUUACUGAGGCUGGAAUACAAACAAAGUAUUCAACUAUUGCUGGCCUGUCGUAUAUGAUGAAGCAGACCGAUGUAGUCAUUAUUGGAGCACGCUCUCUUUUAGCCAAUGGAUCAGUUGUUGGUGCAAAGGGUUGCGGAACUGUCGCUUGCGUGGCAAACGAGGACCAAGUGCCGGUACUUGUCUGCUGCGAAACAUACAAGUUCGAGGACCGCUGUGCAAUCAACGCGCUCGACAUUAAAAACGAGAUACGCGAGUUUCCUAUCAACGAACACAUUACCUUCGCCAAUAUCGUUCAAGAUGUUAUACCCGCUUCGCUCGUCACUGCUGCUAUUACAGAAGUGGGUAUCAUCGCGUCAACUUCUGCAGCGACUGUCAUAUCAGAAAAUGAAAGAAAAAGAAAAGACAUCGCCUUUGAAACGACUUAA